AUGUCUCCUUAUCACCUAGUUUAUGGGAAGGCAUGCCAUCUUCCCGUGGAGUUGGAACACAAGGCAUUUUGGGCAUUAAAGAAUCUGAAUAUGGAUCUCUCAACUGCUGGAGAGGCCAGGAAAUUGCAGCUAAAUGAGCUAGAUGAGCUGUGUUUAUUUUCCUAUGAAAAUGCAAAGCUGUACAAAGAAAAGACGAAGAAAUGGCAUGACAGCAGGAUCAAGGAAAGAGUAUUUGAGAAAAAUCAGCAAGUGUUACUGUUUAACUCCAGGUUGAAGCUAUUUCCUGGAAAGCUUAAGUCCCGUUGGUCUGGACCAUUUACUGUGAUGGAAGUGUAUCCAUUUGGAGCUGUCCUGGUGAAAGAUGAAAAAUCUGGAAGAGAAUUUAAGGUUAAUGGGCAGAGGCUGAAAUACUACUGGGGUGGGGAGGUCGAUAGAGAAAAGACCUCCGUCAGUCUGAAGGAUGCUUGA